AGUAAAAAUCUCGUUCUCUUAUAGUAACAGAGUGAUGUUUAAAAAGAGUCAUCGAGUGUACACGUAGAAAACUAAGUAGGGAGCAUUUAUUGAAAAUGGAAAGGGAAAAAAAAAACAGUACAGAGUACAAAGUAUGUAGAGCAUCCCUACAAGCAGACCAUUUCGGUUCUCUACAUAUCUGUAAUAUGAUAGUAUCUCUUGUCGAUAGACUACAAACAAGUAAUGGCCGCAAAUCGACAAAAAAUAUUUUCUUUUUCGAGUUUACCUAUUAUUCUACUAAUUACUUGCUCAGCCUCUUUACUUGAAAGAUCAGCUGGUCAAGGGUUAGCAAUCGAUGAUUUACUGGCACUUAUCGAUGAAGAUAUGAUAGAGCAAUUCUUCGGACAAUUGGAAAAUAGUGAUAUGAAUGUUGAUGAAUUUUUGUACAAGAUGCGAGAUUUAAUGAAAAAUUUACGAAAUGUCACUGGAAGCGACAUUUUACAAUUGAUUCAAUCUGAAUUAAACCAAGAAAAUAUGGAGGAUAUCUCUAAAAUUGUUGUUAGGAAUAUUCUCACUACUGAGCUGCAGUGCAAUUAUGAUUUGAAGUCUGACGCUGACAAUAGACGCCUGGCGGAACGAUGCGAACAAGAGUUAUUAACACUUUAUCAAUCUAAUGAAACGUGGGCUUGGUCAAUGUUAGAUUCCAAUGGUAAAGGCAGCUUUUCAUCUAUGUUGGCCCAAGGGGAAUGGUUAGGAGAAUACGAUCAGUGUAAAAGUGUUUCGGGUCGUAUUUCUGCAAAUCGAACGCAUACAGAACUGGAAUAUUUUAAUGGUCAUUACUUAAAAAUUACUGUAAGAGGAUUCUUGGGCCUAGAACAAUCAUUGGAUAGAAUUAAGCUAGGAUUUUGCGCCACACCUAGUUGUAAAAAGUUCUUUGAGAGAAAGAAAAAAUUUAUUAUUCGCGAUGAUAGCUGCAAGUACGAAUUGGCGAGAGGUUUUGUCGAAGUGGAAAAAGAUCAACCGCCUUUAAUUAAAGAUGUUUCGGCAAUAUUUGGCAUAUUUUUCUUCUCCUCCUUCACUGUACUCGUUAUCUUUGGUACUGUGGCUGAUUAUAUAGUAGAAAAUCAUUGUGAUGAAGCGAGAAAGGCAAAGAUCAUAGAGUGUACUACCUACAAAGUCAUCUGUGCGUUUUCGGCCUAUACGAAUCUAUCAAAACUGUUGGAUGCUAGACAUAGCCAGAAUAGUUUUACGGCUAUACACGGAAUCAGGGCCAUAAGUAUUAGUUGGGUGGUACUCGGCCAUUCCUAUUUAUUAUGGAUAGAUAGAGCUGGUAAUAGAAUGGAAUUUUUAAAAUUACCGCAAAGUUUAGCUUUUCAAGCAAUAUUAAAUGCUAAUCUUUCCGUUGAUACAUUCUUUGUCAUCAGUGGAUUUUUAACAACAUAUCUCUUUAUUAAAGAACUUAAGAAACGAGGCAAAAAAUUCAUAAAUAUUAAAACAAUACUACUCUUCUUUCUACAUAGGAUUUGGCGGCUUACACCAUUCUUAGCCGCUACCAUUAUUUUUUAUUCAACAAUCUUGCCAAGAUUAAGAACAGGUCCAAUUGAAAUGAGCUAUAGACGUAAAGCUGGCAAUGGUUUAGGUGACUUUGGUCUUUGCAAAACCUAUUGGUGGAGGAAUAUAUUAUAUAUAAAUAACCUUUUUAAAGCAUCAGAAUCAUGUCUCGGACACACCUGGUAUCUAUGUGUUGACAUGCAAUUAUACAUAUUCUUGGGAAUAGGUUUAUUCAUAUAUGCUUUUAAACCGAUGAUAACAAUUGUCUACUUGUUUGUUUUGUUUGCCGUUCAUUUUAUAGCGAAUCCUCUUCUCUUAGGAAGUAUAAUCGAUAAUGAUGGACAAAUUAGCUUUAAAAAACAACGUGUGAUACACGAGAGCAUUUAUGUUAAACCUUAUACGAGGGUUGGCCCGUAUAUUAUUGGGGUUUUUCUUGCUUAUGUUAUGCAUAUGAAGAAGCAUAAAAGAAUAUCAAGUAUUUUCAUUCUUCUCGGAUGGAUAUUUUUCUCUUCAUGCGCUAUAAUUUUACUUUACGCUAAAUGGACUGAUGCUAGUAAACAUUUUACACCAUGGACAUUAGCAGAAAGAAAAGCGUACGAAACUCUAAAUAGACCAGUUUGGGGACUUUGUAUAGCUUGGGUAAUUUGGGCAUGUCAUGAAAAUUACGGUGGUUUUAUUAAUCAAAUUUUAUCUUCUAUAUACUUUAUCCCUCUCAGUCGGCUAAGUUAUGGUAUUUAUCUAACUCAUUGGACCGUAAUAACCUACGUUUACAUGACUGCAAGAUAUAAACGCUUUUUCUCCCACGCUAACGUCUUCUAUGACUUUGUGUCAAACAUGACGUUAACAAUAAUCUUAUCGACUUUAUUCUCUCUGACCUUCGAAUUCCCUUUCGUAAAAUUAGAGAAAAUAUUAUUGGCCCCGGUUAGAAGUUCAAAGAAGAAAUCAAAUGAUGAAGAUUAUAAUAAAAGUUUAUCUGAAACUGACAACAAUACUAAGGCAAACCUAUUGAAAGAGGGUGCAGUGAUAAUAGGAAAAGAAGUGCCCUAAGGAAUUAUCAUCUAAGACGACAGGUGGCGCAGUAAAGUCGUCAAGUUUAAUUUAGAACCAGUAUUCUAUAUUGCGUGUGCGAUUUUAAUUUUUUUGUUGGCUGCAUAACGUAAGGAAAUAUUGACUUAAAAGGC